AUGAAGAAGUCGUUCAUUGAACGAAUAUUCCCACACUCGCCUGGAAGUCCAGGAUCUCUGCCGCAAUACCGUGAUGACUAUUCAGUCUCAUCUCCGCGCCCCGCGGCGUCUGCUCCACGCAUUUUCCUGCAAGACUCAAGUAGAGCGUCGUCCUCCUCCGACCCCCACCGCAAUGCACCCCUUUCUCCCUCUCAACAUCAUGCAAAGCUGAGCUCGUCCCUAGUGCGCCACGAUGACCCGUUCCUCCAGGUCGAACGAGCGUCUAAGGACCUUGAAAGAACUUUCCAAAGUCUUCUCGAUGCGCAGUCAAAAGGUCUUAGUGCGGGUGGUAUUGGGUCGGAAGAGGCAGACGAGCUGUCGUCAGUCGGAAGUCCUACACCCACACCGUCCGUUGCAACGACACCUCUGAGCUCCGGGCCGGGGGCAAGACCCAAGACGGUACCGAUACGACAACCAAAGCCCAAGAAGAUCACUCUACGAGGAGCACGGCGAGCGCUGGAGAAAUCCAUGUGCGAGUUUGCAGCCUUGAAGCAGCAUGAGUUGUCCCUCAUCGACCAAGAAGUUGUGGCCAGGGACAAUGCGACGAAACAAGCCUCAGACUUGAGAGACCGAAGACAACUGCUAGAAAAUGACAUACACAGAAUCAAAUCCGCUGAAGAACCUGUCAAUUUAAGGACCCAGGUCGAGGGAGUGGAGCAGGAAAUUCAGCACCUCGAAGCAACACUGCUCGAGCUGAGGUCUAAGCACAGAGUACUUGUGAACCAGCUUCGCGAAGUCGAAAGCUCCAGGGACUCCGAAUUGAGCUCUUACACCGCAUCCCUCGCUCUCAAUGAGAGUCAGGUCAAGUCAUUCCUGAAACGACCGCCAGUUCUGCAAAGCCUGAAUGCGGCUCAAGAACCCGGAAUGUACGCCCUCAGGCCGGAGAGGCGAACGCUGCAAAUGGCCCAGGAACAAUGGUCAAACGAGGUCGAGGCACUGGCUCGGAGAAAGGCCAAUGUUGAGACUGAGAAGAGCGCACUAGAGGAAGGUUCCAAGUUGUGGCGCGAUGCGACGCAGAGAAUCAGGGAGUUCGAAAAGGACCUGAAAACCCAUACGCGGGAUCUGGCAGCUCAAUCUCAGUCACAAAUUCACCAAUCGAGUCUCGAUAAUGGGGCGUCCCAGUCAAAAACUUCUACAGACCUAUCCAUGACAGUCGUGCUUGACAAGCUCUCUGCGCUGAUAUCGUCACUGGAAAGUGAUCUCCAGCACGCCGAAGCCAACAAUUGGAAUCUUCUCAUUUGUGCCAUUGGCGCUGAACUAGCAGCAUUCGAGCAAGCGCGCGAUCUGCUUCAGGAAACUGCAGGUAUGCGGCCGGCAAACUCUGGAUCGAUGGAGGAACCCGCUCCGCAAGACGAACGUCGUCCUGUAGACAACGAGUUGCACGAUGACGAGCCCAGCCCCGACCUCUUGACCGGCCAGCUUGAAGACAUGCUCGAGCGCAACGGGACCAGAAGUCCUGGUGAAACCAGUAACCACAGCCUCGAAGACACACUUCGCGACUUCAGCAAUCCUCAGGACAAAGGAAAGCAGAGGACAACCGACGAUCCUGUCGGAGGGCUGGAGCACAAUGCCACAUCAGAAUCUGGGCACCAAUGGCCCCGACCAUUUCCCCAGCACGGUAUACUUGAGAGCGACGUGGACGCGCGCCUGAGUCAUGUAUCAGCACCUUCCAACAUUCGACCGAAACCUCCAGAUCGAAGAAUGACAUCUGAAAGCGAGGAUGAUGAACCCGGGCCGGAGUUUCUACUAUCGCAUUCUUGA